AUUCGAUCUAGUUCUGUAAUUCUUUAUUUUACUCCAUAACAAUAAAGGAUAACAUUAAGAAUUAUGUCUUCAUAUGCGAAUUUCAUUAAUUUGAUUUUACUGGUGUCAUUGUCCGCCGGUGCAGACAAUGUCUUUGAUGGGAAACAAAGUGAUAUUUUAGAUGGCAACGCGGUGAUGGAUGUUGGACAUGCGCUUAGAAAUCCUUUGGUCAAAUUCAUCGGAGCAGUAGUUAAAAGUUUAGAAGACAACAUGAAUGCAAAACUAACGUCGGUUCUUAGCCAUCUGCCGUCUUGUUUAGAUUGGUCGGUAUGGACGGAAUGUAUUCAUAUUAAAGCAAACUUUGGAAUUCAGAACCGAACGAGAAUGUGUGGAACGAUGCAAGACACAUCUAUCGAAUCCAAGAACAUUACAGAAUAUGUAACAAGACUUUGUGAGAUGCAUAAAUCGCCAGAAGAUCAACCCAUAUCCUCGUGUCCAGAGGGUUAUACGCGGACAGAACACGGGUUUUGUGUAACGCUUAAAACAGACUAUGUUAGUUGGGAUACUGCACAGUCAAACUGUGAGAGUGAUGGCGGAAAUUUAAUAAAUAUCGACUCACAAACAAAGUCACAAGAUAUUGCUAAAACAUUUAAAGAUAGAAGUUUGAGUUCAUAUGUUUUAAUAGAUGGAGUUCAGGAAAGUUCUGGAGCGGACUGGGAAGCAAGAUCCGGGGCAAAGAACUCGUUCUUUAAUUGGAAGACCGGCGAACCAAAAAAGCUGACCAGUUUUCCACAUUGUCGGUACGCUAAAAAGGAACAUGCAACAAAGGAAUGGGUAUGGUACGCCCAUUAUCCCUGUUCAAGCACAGGGCAGUAUAUUUGCGAAAUUGCACUUUAAUCAAUCAAUUGUAACCAAAGUGCAGACGUGUGUUGUAGCGGUUGUUAAUAGUGUAAAUAUUUCAUAGUUUUUGUCAAUUACUUCAUACCCAGCUCGGGUUAGAAUGAAGCUCAUGAAAUAAAACACGUUCUAUAUCGUAAAACAUAAUCCAUGUUUCGUUCUGUGCUUGUGUUACAUGAUAAAUCACUAUUAUGUAUAACCAAAAGUAAAGAGAAAAAUGACAGUUGUAUUGAAUAACAUGCUUAUCUUUGGUACGGAUGCAAACGUCUAACUACGCAUACUUUUCCAUGUGGAAUAAUGUAUAAUUGAUUUAGGAAAAUGAACUUACUAAGCCAAUAUAGGAAAAUGAACUUACUGAGCCAAAAUAGGAAAAUGAACUAACAUUGAAAGUUUUCAUUAAAAUGAAUUUUCAAAUUCCACCUAUUUGUGCCAUCACUAUUCAUGUUUAUGUAUCUAUAUGAAUACCUAUAUACAUCGGUACAUUUAUAUUUUGAAUAGAAUAACGUUUAAACUUAUAGUAUAGAUAAAAUACUGGAUUGUUGUACCGUGUCAAAACACCCCCUUAUAGACCAUGAAAAGAACAUAUGUGACUUGAAAAAAGAAAAUAUACGAUGUAUUCAGAGAUUUUCAACGUUUUACAAUGGUAUAACCUUUAUCUAAACAUGUGCCUUCCUAUAUGUCUUGCUCACGUAAAUGUACACAGCUUGGAAUAAUAAACUAAUGUUUUACAAUUGUUUUAUGAACGUGUAUGUCCAAAUAUGUUAAAUAUAUUACUGUUCUGAUAUACCCAUCAGCGCAUGUGCAUAAGUAUGUAACUUUACCCUCUGUUGUAUUAAACUAGUCAGAAAGACACCAGUAAUUGUUUCUUGUUU